AAUAUACCUUGUUAGAUAGCAUUGUGAGCGUCACGCUAGAAAUAAGAUGAGAUACUUUUGGCUGAAAAUGCACAUAAAUAUCGGGAGCAGAGGGGUAGUUUAGUAAAUCAGUAAAUGAGGAAAUGAAAUCUGCGCCUUAUCUCUUCUGUGAUGCCAAUGCCAUACAUUAUGCUGUAGAGUAGAGUGUGCAAGAGAAGAGACCGAAGCAACACAAUAUCCACACUCUUCACAAAUGGCGCACUCUCUUUGUUCUUCAACUCUAAUGUCCUUGAACACCACUCCCAAGCCCGGACUUAUUAGUGAGAGAUAUACGAGUGGGAGAGUGAACUGGAUCACGGAUGCUACUAACAGCUCCAAGAAUGCUGCUUUCGAACCUUUAAAAGCUAAUGCUAACGACAAACAGUCGGCCACACCCAAAGUAUCUAGCAUACUCUGUCACGAUUGUGAGGGUAAUGGUAAUAAAAAAUGUGGGCAAUGCCUAGGCAAAGGAGUGAAUUCAGUGGAUCACUUCAAUGGACAGUACAAAGCCGGCGCCUCGUGCUGGCUUUGCAGGGGGAAAAGGGAGAUUCUGUGCGGUAGCUGCAACGGGGCUGGAUUUCUUGGUGGUUUCAUGAGUACGCAUGAUGAUUAGCGUAUGCAUCUUUGAUCUCCUUGAUUUUGUCGAUAACACAGCAAACAGGGACAUGUAAUUUUUGUAUGUUACUCGUACUUGAGCAACAGAUCACUGACUUUGAUAGUUGUGUAAUCCAAUCAUCUAUUUAUGUCGUUGCAAAUUUUUCAUGAUACUCAA